AUGCUCUCCGUCCUCUUCGGCACGAAAAAAAAUGUCAAGAUCGAGCCGAGGAACGGCGUCACAGUCGAGACGAGGAACGGCCAGAAAGCCUUUGUCCGCCGCCACAACAACAAGAAGAAGAAGCCCAAGUCGUCGUCGCCAACCAACAGCUCGAGCCCAUCGACGUCGGCAUCAACGCUGAGCGAACACACAUCCCGCAGCAGCGACCUUCCCGAUUACUCGGACUUGGAAUGUGACAAGCAGGGUGAGGGGAGGGUGGAUCCGCCAGUGCCGGUGCCCUUGGCCAGCAACAAUCCCUUCAAGAAGGGGAAGGGAGAGGAGAGGGUGUUGUGA